AACAUAUGUAUAUUAUCUAUAUUUAUGAACUUCAAUUUUUGUACAGAGUUUGUAGAACAAUGUUGCUUAUUUGUGAACUGGUCUAGACCUCUGCUGGUCGAAGUCAAUAUCGUAAUAUGAAGUUCAUUGGCUGAGAUAUCCGUAACAGAAAGAUACGUUAAAUAAGUUUCGUAUUAAUUGUGGAAAUGCCGUAGUAAGUGUCAAGAAUUAUCUUGCACAAUGAUGUACGACAGUACUUGUGGUGCAGCGGCGACUGGCCAGUGUGGCCCUGCGCAGGCUGAACGAGAACCUCCAGAACCGCGGGAACCUCCACCACCACCAACUGAACGAGAUUACAGCGGCUACGAUAUCGUGAAAGCAACGCAGUACGGAGCAUUUGUGCGCGUUAAAGAACUCGUCGAAGCUGGCUGGGACGUGAACCGACCCGACGGCGAAACGGUGACCUUGCUGCACUGGGCUGCAAUCAACAACAGACGCGACAUCAUCCAGUACUUGCUGUCGAAGGGUGCGAAUGUCGAUGCAGUUGGGGGAGAGUUACAGUCGACACCGCUACACUGGGCGACGCGGCAAGGGCACCUGGACGCGACUGUGCUGCUGGUCCGCGCGGGAGCCGACCCUUCGCUGCGUGACGCCGAGGGCUGCGCGUGCCUACACCUGGCAGCACAAUUCGGUCACACUGCUGUGGUGGCGUACCUAGUGGCACGAGGUGUGACUGUGGAUGAACCUGAUGCAGGUGGCAUGACGGCGCUCAUGUGGGCAAGCUGGAAGGUUGCAGCUGUGGACCCAACACGUUUACUCCUCACUUUAGGUGCAUCAACACAACCAGCUGAUCGUGGCCAUGGUAACACAGCCCUGCACUGGGCUAUUCUGGCACGUAACACUACGGCCAUAUCCACUCUGAUACUUUAUGGUGAUGCUAAUUUGGAUGUACCCAACCUGCGAGGAGUGACUCCAUUGCAGAUGUUACAGGCGAGUGCUGAUUCCUUAUGGGUUGGCUCUAAAGUUUCAGACAAAAUAAAGGAACGUACAAUGGAGUCAGAAAGAUUAUCAAUAUUUAGAAGAUUGACAUAUGACAAGAAAUUCAGAUGGUGGUGUGUGGUAGUAAUGCCAUUCAUGGCAUUCUACUUGACUGGCCUCAUCCUGGAGACGGACUUGAACUAUCCUCUAAAAACCUUAAUCUUGAUUGGUUUCUACUCACUUUUACAUUUUACUAGUAACUUGUUAUUUGAUGAUGAACUCAAAAACAUAUUUCCCCUGAGUAUAUAUCUCGCAACCAAGGUGUGGUUCUACAUAACGUGGGUGGUGUUUAUCCUUCCGGUGGUGGGGUGGAGCUGGUCUCUGGGGUUCGCAGUUUGCUCGGGGUUGCUGUGGGUGACAUUCCUGCGCUCGUGGCGUUCCGAUCCUGGCGUCAUUACAGCUUCCAAAGCUGACAAGUUCAGGACGAUCAUCGAGCUGUCGGAGGCGGCGGGCGGCGGGUUCGAGUCGUCGCGGUUCUGCUCGGCGUGCCUGGUGCGGCGCCCGCUGCGGUCCAAGCACUGCGCCGUGUGCAACCGCUGCGUCGCCAAGUUCGACCACCACUGUCCCUGGGUCGGCAACUGCAUCGGCGCCAACAACCACCGCCACUUCAUCGGCUUCCUGUGCAGCCUCAUCCUCAUGUGCUGCUGGAUGCUGUGGGGCGGCGCGCGCUACCUGCGCGACCAGUGCCCCGCGCCCGCCGAGCCGCUCGCCUGGGUCUCCUGCAACGGCUGGAUCUCGUGGGUGAUGCUCAAUGCCGCGUUCCACCUGUUCUGGGUGACGGUGCUCACCGGCUUCCAGAUGUACCUGGUGGUGUGCCUCGGCAUGACCACCAACGAGCAGCUGAACCGCGGCCGCUACAAGCACUUCCAGGCGCGCGGCGGCCGCUCGCCCUUCAGCCGCGGCCCGCUCGCCAACUGCUUGGAGCUGCUCGGCUGCCGGUCGCCCCGGGACCACGCCGACCUGGACCACGGCGUGUGACGUCACAGCGCAGCCAACCUACUGCUUUAUCUCAACCAGCUGAGGCUUUAUUACAGGCCAGACUACAUGCGAUCCGCGGUUACGUCAGCGUUCAACAGGAUCAGGCGCCCCGCCCGGUCCUGGUGGGGAUCCCCACUACAUUUUUUUUCAAUAUCUUUUGAUCUUAAAUUAUGGAUAUACUAAUCAUUAUUAUAUUUCGCGCCUCUACGUACUGUGGUUUGUGAAACGCCGGUCGACGGUCGCUUAUUUUAAAACAAAAA